AUGAGGGUCCUUAGUGAGCAGACUCGUGGGACUCUCUCAUCACGAGCAUGCCGCGCCCUGACACGUCUCCUCCAUCGAUUCGGUUUCAACGAUAUUGCCAGCUCGAGCCGUGUUACUCCGCCUUUACGAACCGAAGAUGAUGCAGGAGAAGUCAGCGGUCCUCCCGAAGCCUUCUACCUGUCCGACCUUGCUCCUUUUCGCCGCGCAUACGACGACGUCAAUCAGAAUAGAGACAGACGUGAGAGUGCAGCUGGAUCGCUGGCUAGAUCGUCUCGAGACAUAACUCAGGAAGCGCCUGUUCUGAGACCUUGGAAUCCGCAAGUAGCUCAGCCACUGGUUUCUUCAGCGAUGGCCAGCAAUCAGGUCGUUCCCUUGGGAGAUUGGACUCAGGUCGCCGGGGAUAUGUCGAACGAAAUCACCUGGGACUUAUUCUCCCUGCCAGAUUGGGUGUUCGAGCAGCAUGAGAUGGACUUUGGUGCAUGA